AUGCCCCAGCGGACGUAUGGAAAUGGCCAGGCAUCCUCUUCGCCUUCAUGGGAUGCAAAGGCAGUUCCCAUUUCACUGUUUUUCCAGGUGGCAGCAUGGUUUGCUAGUAUCUCUGUGACUAGCUUUGGCCCUGAAUUCGCUUCGGCGUCUCUGUGCGCAGUCAACAUAUGCAAUGGCGGCACGUGCUAUGAGCAUGGGACUGCUCAGACACAGACGUUUCCCCUUAUUUCAAAUGCGAGUGCGGUGACUUCUUCCAAGGCACGAAUUGCGAACAGCCGUCUAACCCCUGCACUGGUGCCGUCAACCCUUGCGGCCAAGGCACUUGCAUUUUCUCUCCAGGGAAAGGCACCGGUACUGUCACCUGCCAGUGCCACGACGACUGGGAAGUUGCUUCAGGUGUCGGAGUGGUUACUACCAAGUGGGGCAACAGCGAGGUGGUAA